AUGGACUCGGGCAUGAAAAAGAGAUUUAUCGAGCUUUUAAGCUUCUAUGGGUCGGAUUUUGAUGCAAUAGCAGAUACAAAUGAAUUAGAUGGAAUGACCAGUGAAAUGCUGUAUUCUAAAUAUCCCGAAAUACUUGACUCCUAUUUCCUGAAGAACUCCCCGCAAAAUCAGGAAGAAAUCAAUUGGCUUCAAAUCAAAGAGAUCUAUUACAUGAACGGGAGAUUCUACUUCGAUGUCCUGAUGGGAGAGCUUGGAGGAUCGCAUGUUAUCAAAAAUGGAAGAGAUCUGGAGGUUGGAAAGGAGUUGGUUAUGCUUCUAAAGGACUAUGAGUUCAAGCUGCUGUCCAAGCUUAGUAUUUUGGACAGGCUCUAUAGAGACUUAUACAAGAAUGGGAUGUUAAGCGAGGAUCUUGGGAGAAGGGCUGGGGAAGAUCCUGUUUAUAGAAACAAAGAGAAGAAAGAGAAAAAAGCUAAGAGUUCUGCCACAGGAGAAGGUUCAGUGGCCAAGAAGAAAUCUAGUGCCGUAGCAGUUGUUGUUAAGAGUAGCCAGGAGGCGGGCAAGGAUGCUGAAGACAAAGAAGAAGUGAAGGACAAGGAUGUAAAGAAUUCCAUGGAAAAUCCUACGGAGAGGGUUGAUGGCGAUGAGAAGUACUACCCAUCUCCCAAACAAUCUAUGAAGAGGGGAGAUACCAUAGGCUUCGAUUACUCUGCAAUUCUCAGGCUUUCAAGAGAGCAGAGAAAAUAG